AUGGAAGAUUCAAACCAGCCCCCCCAGGUCAAGCCAUCUGGCGAACUCCCGACCAUCCUGAACCCGAAGUUCCCAAAUUCGAAUGCGAUAUUUCAUUUGUUCCCUAAACUUCCUACGGAGCUUAGAGAGAUCAUUUGGGAGCAAAGCCUGACGUGUGAGCGAUACAUUAAAGUUCAGCUAUGCACCGUCGACCGAUCCACGGGUAAGAUAUGUCUCGGUGGAAUGACUGGUGGGAUCCAGCAAUUCAUACAGCCAUGCCGACCUAUUUUGCACCAAGCACCAAAGCUCAGCGCCUUAUUCAGUACGAGCGUCGAGUCUCGUGCGAGCGCCCAAGGGUUUUAUCGUGUUGUUCUUCCUUGUCUCUACGUCACGAAGUCUCCCUCGACCAUGGAUUCGCUUGAGAUAAGUGAGCAGAACGCCGAGCACAAUCCGCAAAAAAUAGCCUCGAGCCAAGCACCGCCAUACACUUACGCAACUCCCAGUGAAGAUCAAGUCCUCAUACCAGGGAAGUUCUUCCUUAAUCCUGAGCUAGAUACCGUGGAGAUUGAUGGAUGGCCCCUGCUCGCAAACUUUGCGAGUGACGUUUGGGAUCAUGACCCGCGUAAAGUAGGCUUAUGCCACGUAGCCUUCUUACCGUGCUACUUCUUUUUCUCCUUCAGGUCUCGUCACUUUCCUGAUUACGCUCGUUCAGAAGAAGAGAUGCGCCAAGUCGUGGCUCGGCUUCGAAGCGUCACAUUUAUACACUACGUUGAUGUGGACAAAGUAUCCCACAAAUGUCCCACUGAACACCAAUGCCUUUUGCAUUAUCGCUGUUCGCUUCCUCUCGCAGGGACUACCGGCAAUUUCUCACGCCAGCAGGAUCCACGACUCAUUGGGCGCGAAGUAUUUAAGAAUAUCUAUUUCAAAACUCCCCACAACUCCGAUCUCGGACGGCAGUAUAGAAAUUGGAUGAAACUGGUGGAGGAAUUGGGAGUGACAGCGCCAUGUGUCUACAGAAUUGCUUACACUACUAUUCAAAGCAAACCGCCAAUCGCCUAUGAGUCUGACGUUGUUGCCCAUUUGAAGUAUGAAAGCAAAAGACGGAAAACAUGUGCUCAAACAUGGGAAGAGUCUUGGCAAGAACCGGUCCGGAUGCAUCUUGAGGAGGCCAAUGGGCAGCUCCAGGGAGCAGUUGAAACUGCAAUAGGAUUUUGGACAUUCCCCAUCGAGUCUCUUGGCCAAUUCAGGCCAGCCCAACACCGCACAGAACGUCAAGAUGGGCACUUUUAUGACCUCUCUGCUGUCCAACCCGAGCUGUGUCUGUUCGAGCUAUUGCCUUCACCCCUCAGAACUUAUAUAAGGCAUUAG